CUUGACCCUAUUCCCAUGACCUAUAUUCAUGUAUUCCCGCGAAACUAUCACACAGACAACACAGUAAUGAGAUAAAAACGGAACAAUGUCUAUGGAUCCAGCCGAAGUUGAGUUUCUAGCGGAGAAGACGAUGGUGACUGUGGUUCCAAACUUUAAUCAAGAUAAGAUUUAUUUGAUUGGUGGUGAGAUAGGACCAUUUAGCCCCAGUCUCCCUGUGGAUGUCCCUCUGUGGAUGGCACUGAAUCUUAAACAGAGGCAGAAAUGUAGGAUACAACCACCAGAAUGGAUGGAUGUAGAAGCACUUGAAGAAGUAAAACAGAAAGAAACCGAUGACAAAUUCUUCACUGCAAUGCCCAGUAACCAUUACAUGGAAAUAACACAGCUGUUGAUGAAGUAUGCUCCAGAAGAUAUCCCAAGGGCAGACCAGAUCCGGACCCUCAUCAAGGACAUCUGGGAUUUGAGGAAUGCCAAGCUAAGGAGCAGUAUUGAUGUGUUUGUGAGAAGUGAUGUCACACAUGCCAAGCUUAACCAUCUUACGCCCAUGGAAAUAAACACAGCACGCCCCUUCCUCACACGGGCUCUAGAUCAGAUGCACAUGUUACGGACUAACACGCAAACAGGGUUAAAGCAGACACAGGAAUGAUAGAAAGGAUAAUCCAAGUUGAACUGCUUAUUUAUUUAUUUGCGUUAAUGCCUUAUAUUGAAGAUUUUGAAGGUUUUCUGACUUCCCUGAAGCAAAUCUGGAGGAUUUUAUUCACAUGUACUUCUGUGUUGACUUUGGAAGACUUUCUGCCCUGGAUGGAAAGACAGUCAAGAUUGAAUGACUGCUCAUCGGGAUGGAACAGCAUAGGUCCUCUCCACGAUGAGAGAUAUACUUUCUGUACCUGAUACAGUUCAUACAGUUACACUUUGAGAAAUACUUACGUAUGAUAUGAACCUUUUGACAAGUUCUCCACAAGUGUACUUCGGCUGUUAAGUUAUUAAAUUAGCCACAUCCAGCACAGAGGUUCCAUUUCUAGGUGACUUAAUUUUGUUAAGUGUACUGGUAGAAAUUUAAUGCUUAGCUGUAGCUCACUAUGAAAAUUUUAAGGGCUAUAGUCUGGGUGGAGGACAUUUGGGUCUGUCUGUCCAUUUGAAAGAAUGUCAGUUUAAGGAUAGAGGUGAGGAGAUAGGAUGAAGAAUUGUAAGGCUGGACGUGCUAUUCUGCCUAGCUUACUUAUCAAAACAAUUGUUGGUUUUGAGGGGGAGACAUGUUCAGUGUUUUGUCAUCAAAAAAGUAAGGAUAGGCAUGUAAUAUGGGUGCACAUAAUAAUGGUUUUUAUAUGGAGUUUAUCAAUUAUUGUAAUGAAUUUUGAUAUAUCCCAAUUCAAUGUGUGUAUAUGACAGGGGUCAGGCUUGCAAAAAACUUUUAUCAGAUGCUAAAAAACAUUUAAUAGCAUCCAUCUGUGGCAAAUGGAAAAGGGAUCUUAUGGAUAUUCAGAAAUUGAUUAAAAAGUGAAUUGAUAGUUGUGUGUUAAUAUUU